ACAGUGAGUAUACAAGAAGAUGGAGGGAGAGGGUAGCAAGUGACGACCAGCGCACUCACACAGUGACACACAUGUACUGCACUCACACGUGCAAAAUGUGCACCUACACACAUGCAAGUACAUAUAUGCAAACGUUUUUGUCCUUUUUAAAGCUUUUCGAUUUUAUUUUGUGAGUGUGAGCAUUUGCCUAUGUGUGUGUUUGUGUACCACAUGCACGCCUUGUGCCUUUGGAGUCCAGAAGAGGGCAUCUGCUCCCUGGAACUAGAUUUACAGGACAUUAUAAGGCACCAUGUGAGUUCUGGGAAUGGAGCGCUGGCCCUCUGGAACGGCCACCAGUGGGCCACCUCUACGGUUCUCUGGGUUUUGUUUUGCUGCUGUCAUUUUAUUUUUAAGUAGAAACUGCUCAGCAGGAAGACAGAAGAGGUGUACACCUCCAUGAAGUGCCAUGGCUUGGAAGAAUCUUCAGCUGAAAGGAGGUUUUAACUUUGUCAUUCAGUAUUCAGAGAUGGACGUUAUCUCCUCAAUAAUAAAGAAUCAGCUUCACUCUAAAAUCGGAGUUGAUCAUCAAAGGAAUUUCUGAAUAAACACGAAAAAGCCGUAGAAAGAAUUCAAAGGUUUUGUGUGCCGACCAGCAUGGACAGAUCCAUUUAUACUUCCCCUUGAGGCCGGUGACUAAAACCACAGUCCCUUCGCUAUGAGUGUGUGGUGUGUGGGAAGAAAGUGGCCGGUGAAGGGAGCGGCGAAGAUCAAGAGACUUUCCCACAUAUUUAGUCAGUGGUGAUGGGUACAUCCCACUGUCUCUUCCUGGCCAGGACCCUGUCUGCCCAUCGCACAUUCAGAGGCUCCCUUCAAACCGGUCUGAGAUGAGUAAUGGCAUGCUUUGUAGAACAGAGCAGAGAGUUUCAUUUGAGAAAGCCAACAGAGAAUGAUUCUGAAGUAAUCCCGUCACAGUUGGUUGGCAGCGACACAAAUUUCUCCCUCCACUGUUGUCUUACCACAGUGCUGAAUACUGCUGGGAGUGUUGGAGGAGCACGUGGGCCAGCUGGGCGCUGUCUGCAGUCACUGCACUUCCAAACAGCAGCGAUGUGAAAACUCAGAGUGCUCACUCCUCCUACCUAACCCCCGGCCUUCCUACAGGGACCAAAGGAAGCACAACAUGUUGUUCAGGGCUAGUGUCAGGAUGAGCAACUGCCACAGAAUGGAGGAAGGGACUCUCACCUCCAGAGUCCCUCCUGCUCCUUGAGCACCAGGCAGGGGCUCCCAGGCAGCCACAGAGGCAACCAGGACUCACUGGAACCAGUGCAAGGAACAGUUAGCUUCUGCUUAAUCACACAGAAUCCCAAGGUGUAAACAGAGGACCCAGCGUAGAGUCCCCCAUCUCCGUACUCAUUUGGAGAAGAGACAGAGUCAUUUGUACUUCUUGUGUAUACCUCAAUCUUUUAACUGUACUUUUCUCUCGACACGCUUUUCUGGUUUCAAUUUCUCUGCUUGCACCCAUACUCCACCUUUCUUCUUCUUUUGAGUCCUGAAGACUUCCGGGGCUCUGUUGCCUGCGGCUCCAUGUUGGCCUCUGCCAGUAGAGGGCGCUGCCAGGAGACCGUACACAGCUGAGAAAGGGAGGGAAGUUUUAUUCCUCUGUGCUGUAACCAAGCCCACUGAGGCAAAGGGAAGCGGAGGGUCCCGGCGGUGUUUGUCUCAGCGGGGACACAUCUCACAGAGCUGAGACCAGCAAUUCUCUAAGGUCAGCCUCUUCUUUCUUGGCAACCACACCUUGUAUUUGAGGGCCAGCGUGCCAGCUACGCUUUCCCGCCAAGUUUUCUCCUCUGCCCUGUACCCACUAGUUCUAAGUCUUCUUCUAUUCUCCCUCUGUUCUGUUACUGUCAGCCUUGUCUUCUGACUGAUCCCACUGCAUGUCCCGUGUGCUGUGGCUAACCCGUAGGGAGCCAGGGCUUUUGGCUCCCGGGGAAGCGCGAUAUGGUAAACUGGAUAUAUUUCAGUGAAUUUGUUUCCAUAUCCUAGUCAGAUUGGCCUGGGAUGCGCCAUUAGACAGAUAUCAUAAGGCUGGAUUUCCUUUCAUAGCCCACCUUUGUGUGUUUAAAAAGAAAAGCCCGGGUUGGGGAUUUAGCUCAGUGGUAGAGCGCUUGCCUAGGAAGCACAAGGCCCUGGGUUCGGUCCCCAGCUCCGGAAAAAAAUAAAAUAAAUAAUGAGACCUUUCUCAAUUAAAAAAGAAAAGCCCAUUUCUCCUGUCUCCCUCAAGUUAUAACUGCAUUGUUUAAAGUUGUAGUACAUUUGUGGUUUUUAAAAUAAUUCAACAAUCUAGAGAGAUUAGUGUGUAAAACCUUAAAAGUGGGAAUUUUAAAAAUUAAGAAUUAAAAAAAUUAGGAAUUAAUUAAAAAUUAAUUUGGGACCAGGGGAAAUGGCUUAGUCAGCUGUAUAAACAUGAUGACUUGAAUUUGGAUCCCCAGAGCCCACAUUAAAGCUAAAUUAGGCUGUAUUUGACUAUAACUCCAAAGGUAGGAAGGCAAAGAUAGACUGGGGCCUGGCCAGUUAGCCAGUCUAACCAAAAAAUCAUGUUCCAGGUUCAGAGAGAGACUCUGUCUCAAAACUGAAAUGGCGAACAAUAGAGAACAUGAAUCCCUGGCCUCUGGACAGGCGUGUGUGGUUGUGGACACUCGUACUCACACACAUAUCUGUAUACAUACACAGCACACACAGAGAGCACAUGCAGAGAGCACACACAUACAACACAUAUACAGCACACACAGAGAGCACACACAGCACACACAGAACACACAGAGAGAGCACACAUACAGCACACGCACACAUACAACACAUACACAGCACACACAGAAAGCACACACACAGCACACAGAGAACACACACAGCACACACACAGAGCACAUACACAAACACACACAGACUUACACACACAGCACACACAGAGAACACACAGAGAACACACACACACAGACUCACACACACAGAGCACACACAGAGAGCACACACAGAAAGCACACACACAGCACACACACAGAGCACAUACACACACACAGAGAACACACACAGCACAUACACACAAACUCACACAAACAUACACACAGAGAGAACACAUUCACACAGAGAGAACACACACAGCACACACACACACAUACAGCACACACACAGAACACACACAGAGCACAUACACAUUCACACACAGAGACUCUCACACAUGCAGAGAGAGCGCACAGCACACACAGAGAGCACACAUAGAACACAUACACAGAGCACAUGCACAUGCACACACACAGACUCACACACAGAGCACACACACAGCAUACACAGCACACACAGAGAACACACAGAGAGAGCACACAUACAGCACACGCACAGAGCACACACACACAACACAUACACAGCACACACAGAAAGCAUACACACAGCACACAGAGAACACACACACAGCACACACACAGAGCACAUACACACACACAGACUCACACACACACAGAGAACACACAUAGCACAUACACACACAUACACACAGACUCACACAAACACACACACAGAGAGAACACAUUCACACAGAGAGAACACAACAGCACACACACACAUACAGCACACACACACACAGAACACACACAGAGCACAUACACAUUCACACACAGAGACUCUCACACACACAUGCAGAGAGAGAGCACACACACAGCACACACAGAGAGCACACAUAGAACACACACAGAGCACAUGCACAUGCACACACACAGACUCACACACACAUAAACACAGAGAACACAUUCACACACAGAGAGAACACACACAAUACACACACAGAGAGCACAUACAUAUGAACACACAUAGAUUCACACACACAAACACACACAUACGCAUAGCACAAACACCAAAAAAGUAAAUUAAAAUAAAUAAAAAUCAAUUAAAUUUGUUUGGGUUAUCACUGUGUAGAUGAUUGUCUGGAUGAAGGAAGGAAAGAAGGAAGGAAGGAAGGAAAGAAGGAAGGAAGGAAGGAAAGAAGGAAGGAAGGAAGGAAGGAAGCAGCAGGUAAAAGCAAGAAAGGCCUGAAGUGGAAACUCAAGGGUUCUUUGGAAAGUCAGUUGUGUUGGAUGGUGUUUUGCUGGGGCAGACACUCGAAGGAACAUUUCACUGGAGCAGACACAAGUGGGAGGAUUUCUGCUAAAGCAAGCACAUGAAAGGACACGUGAUGAAGGACUCUUUGCUACCCACGUGCAUGUAUUGUUCUGCCUUACACUGCAUAGUUGAGCUGCAUCUGUCAGGACUCCAUAAAGAGAAAUGCGCCAAAAAAUUUCUGGUGAUAUGCUGUGCCUUCUUGCCACUUCCUUGGGCUUGGGCCGAUUGGCAGAGUGAUGUCAGCGGACACAAACUCUCAUACUGAGGGAAGACGUGUGCUGAGUAUAAAUAGGACUCCUCGGAGAGUGACAGAGGCUGAGCUUGGCUUGCUCGCGUGUAGAGCUAGCUGCUCACUGCUUGUUGGUCUCGAGUCUUCACUGCUUCACGGAGAGAGGCACAGCUGAGAACUUCUCCUGGCAUUCCUGUUGGCCCUGGUCUCUCCUUCUGAGUUGUGUUAUGCCACCGCUCCUGCUAUCCCGAUACUACUGAACUGGACUGCUAGUCUCUCCUCUUGGGGGAGACAGGUAGAUGGACAGAUAGCGUGUAUGUAAGAGGAUGCUGUAAAGAAACUGCUGACAUGACUGCUCCCUCAUAUGGUUAAGGUUUUUAUAGUAGAUAUGAGAGAGAGAGAACAGCCAGACGCAUCUGAAAGAGUCCAGAGCAGCGAGAAAAAGAAGUAGACUGAGCGUGGCCAGCCUAGUCAGCAUGCCCAGGGCUAUCUGGGAGAGAAGGGAGAAUAACCAGAGAUAGAGGGAGCCU